AAAGCUUAUAGCUAUACCACUAUUUGCAUAUAAAUUCAGCGUUGCACUUCAUCACUACGAGUAGAGUUACACUUUCAAUAAGUGACUACUACUUAAACCACGGAAUACAAAGUAUCUAGCAACAUGCUUUGUAGAACAUUGGCUGUAUUCUUGGCGGUGGCCACGGCCUUCUCCUCGGGCACCUCUCUCAAUCACCUCAGCAAGCGUCAAAGUACGGUGACUGGAGAUACUGCACUACAGGGCAAUCCGGUGUGUGCAAUGGAUGGGGAGACCUAUGGUGAGGGUGAAACAUGGACCACGACCUGCAUGACAUGUUUUUGUCAGGUUAUCAAGGGUCACCCCGACCACGUGUGCUAUUCUACCACACCAUGUGUUGUGAAGACCUGUAAGGACGGUAAGCAGAAAUAUAAAGCACUUGGAUCGUGUUGUGACGAGUGCAUCUCCAAUGAAGAAUACUGCUCAAUUACCAAUCAAGGCUGCAACCCCAAUACGGGUACACCAGUAUGCUCGGCGUCCGGAAUCACCUACCCCACCCAGUGCGCAUUCACCAGGCAAAACUGUUUGGCUGGCCAUGUAGAUUCCAUCGCACACGGAGGUGCUUGUGCGCAACCGACUACGAGUACUGCAGAAAACCAGCAAGAAAAUACAACUACGACAACAACUGAAAGCUCCAGUGGUUCAAAUGACAGUGUUUUGUUUAUCAGUAUUACUGUUCUAUUAGUGUUGUGCCUCGUUGUGGUUCUGGCUGGAAUAGCUUGGAAAAGGACCAAAAACGAUGAAAAGCAGACUAGGCGUGAGCAGUUGUUCGGCGACAGGUAUUCAAGCCACAGUGAUAACUCGAGCUAUGCGAGCUCUUUAUCUGGAACAAAUAGCACAUAUGGUAAUUCGACAGUUAACAUGGAGAGUAUCAUCGCUUCCUCGAUGAAAGAUGAAGUAGAGCCUGACCCUGUUAUUGCAAACGAUGAGCCACAAAAGACAGAAGAAGCAACAGUGACAGCUAGUAUAUAAUGUUGUGGUGUUGCACAUCAGGAGUUCAAUAUUACAAACCCAGACCGAGUGGUAUCACUUCCUGCAUCAAGCCAGGAAGCGAGGUAAAAAAUUCAGUGUAUCUGCAUUUUCAAAUAUCCAAUAAAUUGUAUGUAGUUUAUUGCUAGGCUCGCAGCUAAAGUUGUGAAGUUUCAAUAGUUACGCUAAGGCUAUCUCGACGCGCGUCUGGCCCAGUUUUUUUUGGCUGUCGCGAGUUUGUUGGAGGGUUUGU